AUGGAAGAUAAGUGUGUGUUUACAACCACUAAGUCUCCUUUCGGCCAGAACCGCCAUCUUCCAGUAAUUUGCCAAAAGACGAACGCAAAGGGAAAGAGGAGGGGAACCCAGUGUGUGUUCUCGAGGCCUUUCAGAAAACUUGGGGUUGCUCCUUUGGCCGCGUACAUGGGAUCUACAGAAAAGGGUGCUAUUGCAGACAUCAAGGGCAUGGGUACUGUUCAAAAAGGAAUCCCACACAAAUGUUACCGUGGCGGGACCGGAAGAGUCUACAGUGUUACCCAGCACGCUGUUGGCAUUGUUGUAAACAAGCACGUUAAGGGCAAGACACUUGCCAAGAGGGUUAAUGUGCAUAUCGAGCAUAUUAAACACUCAAUGAGUCGAGAUAGCUUCCUGAAAUGUGUCCAGGAAAAUGAUCAGAAAAAGAAGGAAGCCACAGAGAAAGGGACCUGGGCUCAGCUGAAGCGCCAGCCCGCCCCGCCCAGAGAAGCACACUUCCUGAGCACCAAGGGGAAGGAGGCUGAGUUGUUGGAACCUGUUCCCUAUGGAUUCACGGCAUAA